AUGGUGGGAUGCGACAGUGCCAUUGCCGCGGACGUGUGCGGUGCCCUCUUCAAUGGCUACUGCAUCUACUUCGACUACAAAAGGCAGAGCGACCUUAACUUCAAGAACAGGCUGCAAGAACGAAGAAAGAAACAGAAGCUCGCUAAGGAGAGAGCUGGGCUUUCAAAGUUACCUGACUUAAAGGAUACUGAAGCUGUUCAGAAGUUCUUCCUUGAGGAAAUACAGCUUGAUGAAGAGUUAUUAGCACAAGGUGACUACGAGAAUGGUGUAGACCACCUGACAAAUGCAAUUGCUGUGUGGGGGCAGCCUCAGCAGCUGCUGCAAGUGUUACAGCAGACUCUCCUACCACCAGUGUUCUAG